UCAGUUACCACAAGUCAGCCAUUUGGCUCCCAUCGACACCGACCUGUUGAUUUCAGAGAAUACCAGAAUAGAGAUGAUAGGUGGCCGGUGAGAAAUAUUUCCUCUUCAUCCCGUGGAACAAUUACGAAUUCCCGAUAUCGUCGAAGCAACGGAUAUUCAACAUUCGAAAACAGUCGCCGACCCCGGCAUCGAACCAACGACAUGGAUAUGUAUCGAGUACAAGAAUAUGAUAAUGUUAUGCAUGCACAUAACGUUGGAGGUCUUUUGCGACAACAUUCAUGGUCUGGCAGCAACGUGUCAUUGGGCUCAAAUCGCUCGCGGUCCUCAGCUAACCGCGACCGUAGGCCAUCUGGAUGCAACAGGCAGUGCGAUGAUACCGAUUCCGUACAUAUGCGAACCAAUAAUUCACAUUCUGUUGGUACAAAACUUGAAGAGUAUGAUGAUUCCAACGCUACCAAUGUCACAUACGUAGCUGCUGGAACAGCUCCCGUUUCAACUUUCCGAGGAAGUUCAUGUGGAGCGAAUCCAAGUACACAUUCAACUGCAGUGCCGAUAGCCACCUAUGGGGCUCCAUUGAUGCCACAGGGGGGUCAUACGGUAUCCACCUACCAAUCAGCUCUUAAUUUUCCGAUUGACCAAUGUGAUUUACAUCAUUUUGAUCAAGGAGUUUCACGACUGAACGGUAUCCGAUUUACCAACGUAUGCCACCAGAGAAGCCCACUCUCAGCCUUCAUCAGCAUACUUCUGUCAUCAGACGGGAAAUGAGCGUGUUGUGUUAGCGUUGCUGAAUAUGCUGUCAGCGUACCAGCAACAACGUGUUUCACAACGACAAGCAGGUACAGUUACUUUUCAUCUUUGCUUCGCUUUCGGUACUGA